UCAUCAAGCUGAGUUGGCUGUCUCGUCCGUGUGCCUGGCCGUGACUGUCUCAGCGAAUUGUUGUUGUGGGCAAGUCGAGGAGACGGGAGAAGAAGAGGGAGUUAAGUGUCGGUCAUACGAAUAUUACAAACGGAUUUUUUGUUUAUUCCCAGAAACUAAUUUCGACGUCUUUUCAUUUAUUCGACGCCAUGGACACAGCCAAUCAAGACAUCAAUCUGAACUCUCCUAACAAAGGCCUGGGCACAAACGACCUCGCGGAUGUCCCCGUUGAAGGAGCCGUAGGAAACGCUGAAAGACCGCUGCCCCCCAACCUGACGGAGGAGGAGGCGGAGGAACUACGCACGGAGCUCACCAAGGUGGAGGAGGAGAUUCACACGCUGCGCCAGGUGCUCUCGGCCAAAGAGAAGCACGCCACCGAGCUGAAGCGGAAGCUAGGCCUCAGUCCCCUCACCGAGUUCAAGCAGAACAUCACCAAAGGCUGGCAGGACGUCCAGACCUCAAAUGCCUAUGUGAGAACCGCAGGACGACUGAACGAGUGGAAUGAGAAAGUUGUUGGUUCUGAUCUAUAUCUUUCAGCGACAUCAACUCUGGAUGACAUUGCCCAGUCAGAAGCAUAUAAAAAGACUCAGGAAACCCUGUCUCAGGCAGGUCAGAAGACCUCUCUUGCCUUCUCCACCAUGGGCACCGCCAUCAGCAGGAAACUGGGUGACAUGAGAGCUCUACCUUUCUCUCAUUCCUUUGGUGGCAACUACUCGAUCCGCCACUCCAUAAGUAUGCCAGCCAUGAGGAACUCACCCACCUUUAAAUCCUUUGAGGACAAAGUUGGAAACCUCAAGACCAAAGUGGUUGGCGCUCAGCCAAAUGGCGAAGAGGCCCAGUCCCCGCAGGAGACCAACCCUGUACAGGACAAAGCCCCCUUCUAGAGCCAGCCCCCCCCUGCGCACGCCUCACACCCCCCACCUCCCCCCUCCCAGACUGUACAGUCGCAUCAUCUCUCUCGCUCCAGUGACGCCAGUCAGCCACCUGUGACCUCCAGCUCCUGUCUCCUCCAUCCUCCCCUGCCAGCCAUGACCUUUGACCUUGCCCUCCUGACCCUUCAAAAAGCAUGUGCUCAUCUUGCCAUCGGGGAAAAAAAAAAAAAAAACAGCACCGCAAGCACCCUCACUCACCUGAAGGCUACAUGACAUGGAAUCGACAGAUGUAAAAAUCAAAAUUGACACCAAAAAAGAGAAAAGAAAACAGACAAUAAAAGAUGUUAAACCAUUUUGUAUUAUAAACUAUUUUACACUGCUUUGCAUAAUGUUUUUACAUAACUUUUAUCUAUAUACAAAGAUAUAUAUAUGAACAGCUAUAUUUAAAGUGUACUGCCAAGCAGCAUUCAUCUAGGUGAGGGAAAUCUGCCAAAAUGGAAAUGGAAAAAAUAAGCAAAGAUAAAAGAGGAUUGGAAGAGAUGGAAAUGUAAACAACUAAUAUUUAAAAAAUGUAAACAAAAAAAGGAGAAAUGAUCACAGCAUUCUGAGCUGCUGACCAUUCUACUCCAAUCUUUUGUUUUUCUUAAACUGCGUACAGCGUGAAGCAAUGCUUUGCAGUACAUCUGCUGAAUGUGGAAUCUCUCAGCCUUACACUUUCUCACUAGUGUUUGCUUGAUCUGUCUGAUUUCUGGCUUAUGCCUGUUAUUAUGUUUUAUGCUUUGUUGUCAUGUUUAUGUUUUCUUUUUGUUUUCCCUCCAUUUUCUGUCAACUGAGUUGGAAAUUAUGUAUUGGGAGGGUAACUGUGAGUUUUGACUUGAUUAUGUGCCUGCUUUUGUGCCAUACCGCACGUGGUGUUCAGCCAAUGCACGCUAGUCUGUCACUGUUGUGGUGAUAGGACGUCGGACACCACUCAUGCACAUCUACACCAGUAACUUGUGAAACCUCACUAGUGGAGGCUCACUUCCAUGUACACUAACCUGGCUCUUUCAACAUUGAACCCAAACAAUCGUAAUAUUUUAAAAUGUGCUGUCGAUUGAUUGAUUGAUUGAUUGAUUGAUUAAUUAAUUAAUUAAUUAAUUAAUUAAUUAAUUGAUUUAGUAGAGACUGGACACUACGGCCAUCUUGAGCAUUGCACGCACGGUCACUUUUUUUUUUACUUCACCAAGAUGAAGAAGGUUGUGUAAUUGGCCUGCAAAAGUCAUUUUCUUUCUCUUUUGUGUUGUUUUGAUCAACUCUUUUUGCCUUCAUGACACUCACCGUGUCCUUUUCUGUGUGGCCAUACGCUGUGUGGUUUUCCGUGUCUGUGUGGCCAUAUGGGUAGUUUACAGCCACCUAGAUAUUGGGGGGGGGGGGGGAUUGGUCUGCAAGGGAUUUGUAUUCGGUUGGCAUAUUUGAAACAAAAUAUGAAGAAAGUUGCCAUUAUUAGAUAGACAUUGGUUGCGUGUUAUCACCGAAAUUCAUGUGUGCUAUUGAAAGUGUAGAACACUGCAUACUAGUUUGUACAGAAUGAGGGCUAUUGGGUUUUUGAGGUUAUGGAAGCAGUGUGUAUUCUGAAAUGUCAUGGGCAAGAUAGAUUAGGCUAAACACCACACCAUAGAGCUAUAAUUUAGUUAUAUGACCUUUAGAUGUACAGAGGAAAUGUUAUUGUUUUGUUUGAAGCCAACUAUGAUGGAUCAGUUUUCAGUUUAUGUUUUUACUCUGUUUGGGAUAUCAAUAAAGCAUUCCUUAAAAGAA